CAAUCACUCGGUAGUGGACUCCUUUCCUUUGCGAACGAGCGACAGGCAGAGACACACUCGACACAAACGAAGCAUCUUCAGCAAACUGAUCGAUAUUCCGCAGCAUUGCACAUAUCUGCAGCGACACCAUUGCACCGUCGCCCGGCCAUCGUCCGAGACAUCGCGCUAAAUCCGGCCAACCCAUCAACACCGGCCAACACACCGAAGGAGCGCGCAUUCAAAGUCGACAUCUCUGCAUACCACAUCGAUUUCCCAGCUUCAGCACAUACUCGGAUUCUCUGCGCGAGUAUCAGACAACCAGGCAGCCACAAUGGCGCAAGCAGUGGGAUCCUACACGAAUCCGCUCAAGAAGUUCAAGCUGGUCUUCUUGGGCGAGCAGUCUGUUGGCAAGACCUCAUUGAUCACGCGAUUCAUGUACGACUCCUUUGACAGCACCUACCAAGCCACAAUAGGCAUCGACUUCCUGUCCAAAACCAUGUACCUCGAAGACCGCACCGUCCGCCUGCAACUCUGGGAUACCGCAGGUCAAGAACGUUUCCGAUCAUUGAUCCCUUCAUACAUUCGCGACUCCAGCGUAGCAGUGGUCGUUUACGAUAUCACAAGCAAAAAGUCCUUUGAGCAGACACGAAAGUGGGUGGACGACGUGCGAGGAGAGCGAGGCAACGAUGUGAUCAUCGUGCUGGUGGGCAACAAGACCGACUUGGGUGAAAGGAGAGAGGUCACAGCGCAACAAGGAGAAGAGGAGAGCAAACGACUGGGCUGCAUGUUCGUGGAGACGAGCGCGAAGGUGGGACACAAUGUCAAAGGUCUGUUCAAGAAGAUUGCCCAAGCGCUGCCUGGAAUGGAGGGUGAGGGACAACAGGGUCCUGCGAACACAAUCGAUGUGAACGUCAGCCAAGCGAAGCCCGAGAGCGAAGGUGGCUGCAACUGCUGAGCAUAAGAUGUAGUGGAGCCAGCUGAGGAGAGAGGACGCAAUUAGCACAUUUGCUAUUCUUGUACAGGUCACAUUGGUCUAGUAGGCAUGAUAAUGAAAAAGACGGCCGGCUGAGCGCGGCGCUGGAGGAGUACGACUUGAAUCUGUGGAAAGGACAUCAACCGCCGGCAAGGACUUGUACUUAUGCGGGGAAUGGCAUAGCAUGUGAUUGAACAACAUACGACUUCCCCAACAAAUGCUACGAGAAUCAUGUGCAUUCAUGGGUUCCCAGGCCCAUACAUCAACGCAUCUCCUGGUCUGAGAACUCAUUGAGAAAUCGACUAUCACGGAGCCAUCAUAGUCCAAUGCUC